AUCACAAUCGCCGACGAACAAGAUCAGAAGAAGGAGAGACGAGAAUGAGGUAUCUCGGAGGCUACAAGAUCGCUUUACUUACCUGCUCCGUCAUCGCUCUCAGCAUCUACAUCGCGUUUUACCGCAUCGAGUUUGGAAACGGCAAUUUCCAGGAGAAUCGUACCGGCGGUAAGGUUUCCGAGAAACUUUUCAUCGGCGAUGAUUUCAUGUUCAUGUCCAUCGCUGAAGAUAUCGAUCGAUCUCACUCCCUCCACUACGAUUACUACCGUGACUCUUGCCCUUCCGCCGAGAAAAUCAUCGCUAAAUCCAUCAGAGAUAUCUACGAUGUCAAACCCAGCGUAGCUCCGUCUCUCAUCCGUCUGCUCUUUCACGAUUGCUUCAUCGAGGGAUGUGAUGCAUCAGUCCUUCUAGACGCAGAUGAAGCAGUUACUUCUGAGAAAGAAGCAUCCCCUAACCUGUCCUUGAAAGGGUUUGAUGUGAUUGACGCCAUUAAGUCUGAGCUAGAGAAUGUUUGUCCUGGAGUUGUUUCCUGCGCUGACCUUCUUGUCUUGGCUGCUAGAGAAGCCGUGAUUGUGGCUGGUGGUCCAUUUUAUCCUCUGGAGACUGGAAGAAAAGACAGUGCAGUGGCCUUCAAGGAAAUUGCGCAAGACCAGCUUCCACCACCACAGGCCACUCUCUCUGUGAUUCUUGCGAGUUUUGCUUCCAGAGGAUUCAGCGUGAGAGAAACCGUCAGUUUAUUCGGUGCACACAGCAUUGGCGUUACCCACUGCACAUUUUUUGAGAGCCGCCUGUACAACUUUUCAGGAACCGGGAAGCCUGACCCUGAUCUCAAUCCAAGGCUCCUCGAAGAACUGAAAACCAAAUGCCCCUUCUCUGUCUCGGCUUCAUCACCAUCUGCAUCCCCUGGGGCAGGUUUAGUUUCGUCCUUACCUGCAUCAGAUUCCGAAAACAGCUAUGGUGAGAGCUCAGGAAACAGGAACGACGGAGAGAUCGACUUGAGCUACAACAAUGAAGGAGGUGAUGAAAAUUUUGGAACACGCUACUACAAGAGACUGAUGGAGAAGAAAGGGUUGCUGUUUUCUGAUCAGCAGCUAAUGGGUAGUGAAGAGACUGAGUUGUGGGUGAGAGCAUAUGCUUCUGAUCCGUCCUUGUUCCGCCGAGAUUUUGCCAUGUCUAUGAUGAAACUAUCAAGUUAUCAUGUCUUGACUGGUCCGCUCGGUCAAGUCAGGACAACAUGCUCAAAAGUCCUGCCUAGGAACUGAUCUCUCUUUUACCACUAUAGUGAACUCCCCUUGUUUAGAGUUCUGUUGAUUAAAAUUGAUUUUGAUGGAAAAGUAUUCGAAGUUGUAGAAACUGAAUAUCAGGGCUGUGAGUUUGAUUUUCAGAAUGGCAUAUAAAUAAAGUUGAGUUCACUCAUUGUUGUAACCAUUACAGUAAUC